UCCAACAGCCCAUCAGAAUCAAACAAUCCAACGGAGCAAAGCAAGUUUGGCUUACGUCUACAUAACCGACGUGGCAAUGGAGCUUUGGGAUUGGGUUGUCACUAAAACAGCGACAAUACAAAAGGGGUUGCUGAGUCUUAUAUAUGGACAGAAUCAAGAAAAGGAAUCAUCGCAAGAUAUGUCGAGGUGGGAAGCAAGAAGAUCACAAGACGGCAACACCAUGACAACUGGUAUUUUUUACGACCGUCCAUUUAUGCUAAGCGAACCAGGUACGGCCAAUAUUGCAACUGGAAGGAUCGAGGCCGAGGGUGAAAGAUUCAAAAAGAGUCAGUAUACGGGCCGCCUGAAGGAAGGUGAUUCCUCUCUUGUCAGGGCAAACCUGGAUUCAGCAGAGCAGCACUUCGCAGCUGCACUCAAGAUGGUGCAUGUGAGAGACCCCUCAAUCCAGGAGUACCAGAGAGAGGUGGAGCCCCUGUGCAAGUUGGGGGAUGUCUACAGUAAGCGAGGUCAGCAGACAGGAGACGGGGGAGACUUUGUCAAAGCAGCAGCGCUCUACAAUGCAGCAAUAGCCAGGUCAAAGGAUCAAGUCCGGAAUGGUAACAUAGCAACAGUUAUUAAAGAGGUAGAGAGAUCUUUUCUUGAACGUAUAAUAGGUAUCAAUGACAACAUUAGCGAAGAUGACACAAAAACUUGCAUACACAAGAAACAGCUGAAGGAGAUGCGGGACCAGAUCAAGCUGGAGAUGGAAACCAUUGACCAGCAGCUGGAUCCCUAUGUACAUGAUGAGGAUGACCCAUGUGUCAAAGAGAUAGAGGCAAAACGAGCUCAGGCUGUCAGGCAGUUGUUUGAGAAAAUCGCAAAACAAAGGAAGAAGUUCAUCAGCCUGCUUGUAGAAGAGUGUAUUGGGUUAAUGGGUCCCCCUCCCUGUAAGUAUGCCCUGAUGGGUUUGGGUUCACAGGCCACAGGACUGGUAACUCCGUACUCAGACCUGGAGUUUGCUAUCUUGGUAGAAAGGGAAAGUGAAGAAUGUCUCACUUAUUUCCGCAACCUCACCCACUACCUACACCUCAAGGUGGUCAACCUGGGAGAAACCAUUCUCCCGGCAAUGGGAAUAAAAUCUCUCAAUGACUUUUACGCUGAGAAUCCUCUUGACGACUGGUACUAUGACUCUGUUACACCACGUGGGUUUGCAUUUGAUGGCUCCAUGCCAAAGGCAAGUAAGACCCCACUGGGCCUACAGAGAAGCAUGGUUGGAAAGCCCAGUGAACUCAUCUGCACCCCAGAAAACAUGGCUUCAAAAUUACAAAAUGAUGUGACGUUGUACCUAAAGGAGGAUUAUAACCUGGCUACCAUAUUGAGAAACCCGUGCCUUUUAGCAGGGGAGCAGGGAUUGCUAGACCGAUAUAUGCGCAUCACAAUGAAUGUCCUACAAGCAGAUGGAGGUAAAAUGGCUCAACGACUGGCACAGGACAUACUAGCCAAAAACAUUAAUAGCUACAAUGAUAAAGGACUGAUUUCACUAAGUCGAGUAGAUGUGAAGAAAGAGCUUUAUCGCUUCCCAGCUGCAGCGGUGGAUUGCUUGGCACUCUUUGCGUGCAUUAGACCCACUACAGUUUGGAAGUCAAUCGAUGAGUUGGAAAAACAAAAAGUGAUUAGCACCAACAACGCACAUCACCUAACAGUGCUUACCAGCAUCUCAGCAGAACUCAGACUCAGAACAUACAUUGCAAAUGGGGGACAAAGGGAAACUCUGUCACCUUUUCCCUCACUGGAAACAGCGCUAUAUGAACGGAAAUCAUACCUACAGAGCAACAAUGAUCAUGAAGCACAAACAAGUACAGUGACACCGGUGUUUCAUCUCCCAAAUAAAAGACAGCUUUUCAGAUACUAUUAUACAGCAGUACCUCUAGUUACACUUCUGUACAGACGGUUUGGAAAGAACCCAUUUCUAGAUCCGUUGUCUGAUUUGUAUGACAGUUCUCCAGCAACACAAGGGAUGAUGUACUCCCAGUUAUGCAAGUUUGAUCUGGCAAUAAUCUGCUAUAGCAAGGCCUUGAAGAAUGCCGAACAUCAAAUUAACAAGCUGCACUUGUUGAUUGAUCUUGGGAAUACUUGGAUUAGGGUAGGUGACAAUAAAAAGGCAAUCAGCUGUAUUGAAAAGGCACUGCAGAUGCCUUGUAGAGCCAUCUUCGGUCAGAGUACGGUCCACGCUGGUAUUGCAUAUUCUAACAGCACGCUAGGGGAGCUUUUGGACAAACUGGCCCAUGAUACGAAUGCAACCCGCCAUGUUGAACAGUUACUAAAGGUGCAAGCCGGUAUUGGGAAAUCUCUCGAUAUAAAACACAUUGGUAUAUACCCACUCCAUAUUCUAGGGGAUGCCUGGUCAAGUUUGGGAGAUCACAGAAAAGCUAUCGGCUAUAACGAACAGGCCCUGCAGAUUUGCAGGAAUAUGAGCGGUGAAACAUCGGACUCUCAAUAUAUUGGCGUUGCGGUCCUGAAUUCGUUGGCAUCUGCCUGGGAGAGACUAGGUGAUUACGAGAAGUCAACCUCCUAUAGAGAUGAGGAAUUGGAGAUAAUUAAAGAUUUGUAUGGUCAGAAAGGAGCACAUCCUUGCAUGUCAACCUUACUUCACAAUGCAGGGAUGGUCUUGAGUAGGUCGGGUGAGUUACAGAAAUCUAUCAGGUACCUCGAACAGGCACUACAGAUGGAUAAAAGAUACUAUGGCCAAAGCACAGCACAUCCUGAGAUUGCUAACGCACUUCGCGACACGGGAUCAGUCUGGUCCGAUCUGGGUGAUUACAGAAAAGCCAUUAGCUACUACGAACAGGCAUUGCAGAUGUGGGAUAACAUCUAUGGCCCGACCAAAGCACAAUCUGACAUAACUAGCACUCUCAACAACCUGGGUUUUGCAUGUAAUGAGCUGGGUGAUCAUAGAAAAGCACUUCGUUGUUAUGAACAGGCAAUGCAGAUCAACAUGAGUCUCUAUGGCCAGGAGACUGCGAAUGUUUAUAUCGCCGAGUCACUCAACAUGUUGGGACAGGCAUGGACCUUCUUGGGUGAUCAUAUCAAAGCAUGCAGCUACCAUGAACGGGCACUGCAGAUGUACAGAAGUGUCUAUGGUGAGAGUACCGCGCAUUCGGCUAUUGCCCAAGCACUCGGCGCACUAGGAUUGGUUUGGCACAAUCUUGGUGAUUACGAGAAAGAAAUCAGUUUCUACGAACAGGCACUGCAGAUGUACAAAGGUGUCCUUGGCCAGAACAAGGCACAUUCUGGUAUUGCUUUCGUACUGAACAAAAUGGGGAACGCCUGGAGUAGCCUUGGUAAUUACGAAAAAGGACUUGACUACCAUGAACAGGCACUGCAGAUGUGCAGGAGUAUCUAUGGUCAGAGUGCAGAACGACCUGCCAUUGCCUGCAUACUCAAUAGCAUAGGAAUGACCUGGCACGAUCUGGGCAAUUACAGAAAGGGACUUGACUACCAUGAACAGGCACUGCAAGUGUGCAGGAGCAUUUAUGGUAAGAGUAAAGCACAUCCUGACAUAGCCAGGUUACUAAACAACCUGGGGUUAGCCUGGCACCAUCUUGGUGAUUACGAGAAAGAAAUUAGCUUUUAUGAACAAGCACUGCAGAUGUGCAAAAGUCUUUAUGGCCAAGACAAGGCACAUACCGACAUUGCUGACGCACUGAACCGCCUUGGUAAAGCGUGGAGGAGCCUGGAUGAUCACAGAAAAGGACUUGACUACCACAGACAGGCGCUGCAGAUGUACAAGAUUAUCUAUGGCCAGAGUACAGCACAUCCUUACAUUGCCGAUUCACUGGUCAAAAUUGGGGACGCUUGGCACUUACUGGGUGAUCAAAGGAAAGCCAUCAGCUACUUCGAACAGGGACUACAGAUGUACAAACGUAUCCAUGGUCGUGAUACAGCCCACCUCGACGUUGCCCGAAUUAUUGAUAGGAUUGGGCAUGUACUGACAUGUCAAGGCAAUCAUAGAAGAGCUGUACGCUACCAUGAACAGACACUGCGGAUACUAAAAAAUCACUUUGGUGAGAGUACACCUCAUCCUAGCAUUAUUGACUCACUCAUAAAGGUCGGGGAAGCCUGGAGCCAUCUUGGUAAUGAAAAAGAAGCAAUGAGCUACUUUCCACAGGUACUGCAUAUGUGUAGGGCUCUUUAUGGGUGUCCGGGGGACUCAGAACUUUCUGACAUUGUUCACUUGCUUAAACACCUGGAUUCACACAAGUAUAAGUAUACAUUCAUAUAAAAAAUACAAUGCUCAUAAACGUGCACUGCAGAUGUACAGAAGUGUCUGUGGUCUAUAUGUCUAUUCUGCACAUGUACAGAUGUGUCUAUGGUGAGAGUACCAAAAUAGUUUUCUUUCACUAAAUUGUAAAUAGGAAGGUACAAGAAUGUUAUAUGUUGUAAAUAUUGUGUGAUUUCCUUAUUGUAUGGAGCAUCUCCCAGAAUUUGAUAUGGCAAGACAUGUACAGAUUUAGCCUGCGAACGAAAGGCACCAAAUGUAUAUGUGACCCUCUCUCAAGUCGCCUUCCUUUCCUUCUUUGUAGCUGGAGACCGUCAUGAGACAGAAAGUGCUUGUAAAUGCUAGAUUUCUAUUAAUGCACCUUAUCUGAGAGAUCCUUCCUUGUCUAGAAGCCUUCAUUUGAAAUUGUAAAAAAAAAAGCAUUUUAGUAGAUAAAUAUGUCAAAAUGUAUAUGUUGAAUGUCUGUGCUCAGUUUAUUUGUCAUCAGGCAGUGCCUUUCUGUUUUAUAGUUAACUUUGAUUUUAAUGGGAAUUUUAACGUACGAGUAAACCGUAUCCCCUUUGCCCCAGCGUUAGUUAAAUGUACAAUGUAAGUCCUUAAAAUCAAUGCAUGUGCAAAUUCUCAUUUAUUUUUCUUUCUGUAAAAUGUCCACCUUCCUAUCAUAGCCCAACCCUUGUUCGACGGUCAAACAAGUAUUCUGAACUGUUUAUCAUGUAAUUACAAUUAAAACAGCAUCGUUUAAAAUUCAAACAUAGAAGACAUGAGAGCAAGGGUACAGCAAAUAACAACAGCAAUGGUAGACAUACAUGAAAAUAACUGUUGUACUGAAGUGCCAGCACACUUGCAAGCAAAAUUCCUGCUACACUUCACAAACAAAUCAAUAAAGAAAGGGUUUCUAUUCUUCCCAAUAUGUCUUUCUUCACUACAGCAUGUGUGGUUUAAGGUUUCUUACUACUUAAUAACAAUGGAAGAGUGACAGCCUCAAGGGAUUCUGAUUUAGUUACCUUGUAAAUGUGUGAAGUUACUAGUAACUAGCACUGAGCUGGACACCUAUAGUGUCAUCUUGCUCUACAGUAAAUGAGUCCAUUCUAACUUGCAGGCAGCCCAGGUAUCAUAUAAUCAGAGCACAUGUACAAGUCUGUGACUUUACAGCACAUGAGCAAACAUCAAUGGUCAGCCCUGCAUAAUGUGCCAUGUGCACUGCAUGGCAGUGGUCUUACUGAAGUACAAGAUGUGUAAGAGACAGCACCUUGGCCCAGGAAAAGCAUUUACCCUGGUAGGGCUGCAGCUUUUUUAUUGUGGAUUCGUUGAAAAUUUAGGCUAUAGAUUAGGUUACAUACUAUAUGCACAGCAAUGCAAACAUGCUGCUGCACUUUUUAAUUUACCCAUUUGUUAUUCUGCAUCUGAAUAGCUUACUCUAAAGCUAUCGGCUGCCUACAUGUAAUCUUACAUGUUCAUAAUUUUAGCAGCAAAGUUAGCAAGUAUCUUCCUAACAUUUCCUACUUCAUGUAUGGAACCUACUUCAUGUUAGAUUUUACUUCUAAUGACUAACACUAUCUUGACUUAUUAACACUAUCAGUACCCUUUAUCUACAUACUCGACUCAACUAGUACCUACUUAUACAUAUCAAGUGUCACUAAUAACUUAUGGCCUGUCACCUGUCAUCCCUGGAUGUAAGGAGGUCUCUGUGGAAGACAAGACACAAUUCUGAGAAAGAUUUCUUGUCAAUGAAGUGGUUGAUUACCUUCAGUGGCUGGAGGAAUGCUGGAAACAUUGGGGGUCAAUCAGAAUCAAUUUCAUCAUGACCACAAGCAAGUCUGAAG